AUGGCUACAUGUCAAAAGAUGGGCGAUAGCAGCAUCAAUGGAGACUCGGUGCCCUCCAAACCCGCAUUCAAUCUCACCAAUGUCGACAAGUGGAUCCUGCAGCAGCCGGAUGAGACGUUCAAGAAGCAUGACUGGGAGGAUUUGAGGAGAAUCAUUGAAUCGAACCAGCUGCAAGACUUGAAACGGACGCCUACAGAGCUCCGCAAGUAUCUGGAAUGGACCGCGGGCAUCAAGGAAGAGUACGGCUCCAUGACAGACUACCUCAUGAAGAACCGGCUACCGUCCGCAUGGGGCCAGCCGCCCUUUACGCCUGCGUCGACGGUGCCAAUGGCGGAUGCGUCAGACUACGCGAUCCUGCUCAACGACUGGCCGUACGCGCUGGCGCCGGGCAUCACGCACGUGAUUGUGUGGACGCGCACGCGGAUUCCGGCCGACGACGACCGCGGCGACAUGCUGCCGGAGAGCCGGCGGCUGGUGGGCGACUUUGUCCGGCGCACGUUUGCGGACGCUCUCGGGCCGGGCGGCGAGGACAGGGUGCUCUGGUUCAAGAAUUGGGUGGCGUUGCAGAGCGUGCGCGCGCUGGAGCACUUUCACGUCCUGGUUAAGGACGUCGAUCACGAUAUGCUGGAGAAGUGGACGGGCGAGCGGCCCAAGGCCAAGCGACCCUGGGAGGAGUAG